ACUGUUGUAUUUUUGUGUUUUAUACCCACGUAAACGUACACUUUAUGAUUUACAAAAUAAGGGCAAUUGUGUUGCCCUUUAUGAUGUAAUAAAAUAAAGAUAAAUAAGAUGUGUGCCGUAAUAACGACAUAUUUGUAACCGCCUGGAUUUUCUUCUCUUACCAAAGGAAAACAAAACAUCAGUGUUCUAUUUGGUCCGUAGUAAAAACUAGACCCCCCAGAAAUUGUUUAGUUUAGGAAUAGACAGAGCUUUUAUGUUUAAAAAGCUAUAGAAUUUAGAUAUAGAACUGCGUUUUAGUAGUGUAACAGCAGGUUAAAAAUGCAGCAGCAAACCGUAGGCCUUGUAGCAGUUUCCAUGUCACCCAGCAAAACAAAGCGACUUGCUGUUAAUAGAACAAAUGAAAUUACUGUUGUAGACGAACAUGGUAACACUGUAGGUAAGUAUCAACCUAAUCUUACUGCUUCCAGUGAAUUAAAACCUUUUUUUUUUCUAAAUGUUAUAGGAAUGCUGGUAUCCGAACCAGCAACAACGUACAUGUCUUCGUCGUCCCGGGAAAUGCCCAUACACAUGAGAUAUCCUGUACCAUGCAGCAAUGAGGCAACGAUAACCACUGAGUGGCUUACUAAGAAUUUCGAAGAAAAUUCUCUCACAAGUGUACCAAGGAGCAUUAUGUUUGAUGAGUACCAGAAAUUUUGCCGGGACAGCAACACUAAGCCGUUUAAUCAAGCGGUUUUCGGGAAGAUUGUUCGAGCUUGCUUUCCAAAUUUAACAACUCGUAGACUUGGUGUACGUGGUCAAUCUCGCUAUCAUUACGCAGGUCUGAGCGUCAAACUCUUAUCUCGUUAUGCCCGAAAAUUCCACGCAUUUGGAGAAGGACUUAACUUACUUAGAAACAACAGUUCUUAUCAACGGCGAAACGAGAUCACGAGUGGAGGUACAACACAGACUCCUGAGUACAACUAUGUAGCAUCGCAUGAAACGGUGCCAUAUCAAACUGCUGAUGUAAUGGCAAAUAUAAAAGCCAAAAGAAAUGUGAACCCGUUUUCGUUGGUGUUGCCCCCAUAUCCAACUGAAGACGACGUAGAAAUAAAAGAUGGUUGGACGAAACCAACGUUGGCUGCCUUUCUCGACUUUUACCGUUGCUACAACCGCCGCUUGCUUGGGUACAUUAUCAGUCUUGAUUUCGAGAAAACAACGAGUCAUUUGUCCAAUUUUGGAGCCAGUAUCCCAAACCAGUGCAAGAGCAUGUUGAAAACAACCGAUAUAUGUGGGAUAAUUGCUCUGUGUGAUGACAUAAUGUUUCAAGAAGCUACGACGGCUUUGCUGCCAGAUUGCCUGGCGACACUUACAACAGAAUUUAACGUCACCAUUCGGAAAUUUGCAAAAACUUUACCGUCUUGGGUCGGCGCAAAGAGGUGUUAUGACUCUACCACCAAUGCUAACGUUAUCAGUACAAGGAUCGAAGCGGCGAAAGUGUGGGGCGAGUAUGUCAGGAGAGUGACAACGCUCUGUCACGUAGCGAAAGAAGCGAGAAAAACGCUGGUCGACCCGUUAGUUCUAACACAGCUUUUAGAUGAUCUAUGUAAUCUUGGUGUUUCUGAUAUUGUUGCCCAAAGUACGUUCGCUGGUGGUGAUGACGUGUACACGACAGGCGACCAAUCAGCGCCAUGCAACGAGAAGGAAGAGGCGAUGAGUUAUAUUUCAAACUUCUGUCAGCUUUUGCAGUGUCACGCGAGUGUGGAAAUGUACGUUUGCCUCUUGCUUGAAAUAAUAGAUCGACAUGCUGGUCUCAUACCAGAAAGUAAGCUUGAAAGCAAGGGGUACGAAGUUAUAACUGACCGAACGAGGCAAUUCGUUAUGAAGUGGGCAAUGUACGCAAGCAAAAUGCUGACAGAGAUAACUUUAAAGUCGAGCGAAUCAGUCGGAACAUUUCAUCUUGUGAUGCUGCUGUUUGGAGACUAUAUUAACCACGUAAUCUGCUUCCGUGGAGAAAGAGCAAAGGGGAUGAAACGACUUCGAUCCGUGAUUAAAAAGGGUUCUUUCUAUUUUACACGACUCAAAAAUUCAGGAAGUCGUUCUACUACUAAUAAUGUUGGCGAAUCCAGUAUAUCGAACCACAGUCGGCAACCGUUUCCAUUAAAUAAUAAUAAAUAUACCCAACGGAGUGGCGACAAUAGCGCUUACCUACGGGAGGUCUCCAAUUCUGUACCAGCUUACAGGCGAAACAGGGAAGUAAACGAGCGGAAAGAGCCCAAAAUCGAACCUAAGCAAAUUCAUUGUAUCAACCCUUCCUAUUUUCCCGAGACAAAUAUGGUACAGGAUACUCGCCUUGACAGAAUGAUGAUUCAAAACGACCCUAGACCGGCAGUGGUGGUAGAACCUGCGUUUCAGCCCGAAAACGAAAGAGCUUCGUUUUACUUACUACCAGGCAAUAAUAACGCGCCUGGCGGUGCUAUGCUUUUAAGAAAGUGAUACCGUUUGUGCACAUGGUUUUAGUAAGCAUAUACACGUUAUACAUUUAUACCUUUUUACAAUGCAUACUCUGCACAUUUAUUGGCUUUUUAUUUAUUUAUUAAUUCACUGUUUCGUUUAUAUUUUAAUUAUUUUGUUUAUUUAUAUUUAAUGAAAUCUAACAAGCUGCCGGUGUACGCUUUUAUAUAAAAUUUGUUUUUUUGCAUUAAAAAACGAUUUACUAACAUUUAGUACGCUUCAUGUUCGAUUAUUACUCUCGUAAGCGAGAACAGAUACUGUCCGGUGCUGAAACCUAUAUGUACACAUUCCAUGAACAAGUAAACAGUUCUCUUCACAAACAAAUAGAAAACUGACAGUUUCUUACCUCGAAC